GGUAGGAGAGACAGGUGGGGUGGGGGAGACCGGGGAGGUAGGAGAGACAGGGGAGGCCCAGACACCCGGUGGGAACGACAGCCUGUCCCAGUCAGAGAAAAGUCCCUACAUGUCAUCUGUUAACUCAGGAGAGGACUCAGACGGAGACCUGGACACGGACGGAGACACGGAGAGAGAGGCCAACAACAGGAGAGCACAAGAGGUUUGUCUGCCCUUCCCGGUGGUUCAGAUCUCGUCAGUGAGUCGUAGUGCCUUCCAGCAGCUCCUCAGAUGCCAGCAGCUGACUCCGGAACAGCUGGAGUUUGUCCACGACGUCCGACGGCGCAGCAAGAACCGCGUGGCCGCACAGCGCUGUCGCAAGAGGAAGCUAGAAGGCAUCCAUAAACUACAGACUGAGAUCGGGACACUGAGAGGAGAGAAGAACAGGUUGCUGGAGGAGCGUGGCCAGCUGCAGAGGAACGUGGAGGAGACGUUACAGAGUCUGACAGGGCUGUGUCAGAGCGUCUGCAACGAGGCAGGGGUCUGUCGUGAGCAGGACCAGCUACAGCUCCUAGCCAAGCUCCAGUCUCCUGACGUCCCUAUCUCAGCACUCCUCAACACUCUGGCCUCCCCCUCUCCUCCCCCGGCCUCCCCCUCUCCUCCCCCGGCCUCCCCCUGGGACUGGAGCCGGAGAGCUUAGAACCCCAACCACUGCCUAUACCACAACCCCAGCCCCAAUCACAGCCCCACCACUGCCUUAACCUGCUCUAGAGAACUGCCCCAUCCUCAACCUGCCCUAGAGAACUGCCCCAAGGCUGCCCUAUCCCCAACCUCAACCUGCCCUAGAGAACUGCCCCAAGGUUGCCCCAUCCUGCCCUAGAGAACUGCCUCAUCCUCAACCUCCAUAGAGAACUGCCUCAUCCUGUCCUAGAGAACUGCCUCAUCCUCAACCUGCCC